CACUCAAAUCGUCUAAGUAGUAGCUAUUGAAUAUGCCAGUAAUAUUUAAACAGACAGUUUAAACUAAGCAGAACGUUUACCUACUUACCUCCAAUCUCGGGAAUUUUAGAACAUAGUAGGUAUUCAAGACAAUCUACAAGAUUUAGAAAUGUGACUAAGUACCUCAAAAUAGAUUAAUUAAAGUAGGUACUUUAAUGAAACUUACUUUGAAAUCAUUAUAAUAUAUUAAACGUCAUACUGCCGGGAGUAGGGAACUCUCAUAGAAGAAGUAUACACCGAUAGUUUAGGCUGACCCCACUUACGUUAUAACGCAGCGUUUCAGAUAUAAAUAAGAAUAAUAUGAUAGAACAACAUAAAUUUGCUAUUACUAUUAUGAUAUUCCUAACAGCGAGUCAAGCUAAGAUGAUGCGAAACAGUGCACUUAUAACCAAAAUGGUAUCAAACUUUCACCAGAACAAUAAUAUUACCUCCGAACCCAAUAAAGAAUUUGAUUCAGUUUUGACCAGAAUGCAAAUUGUCCUUUGCAAAAACUUUCCAACAAUACCCUGCAAAUUGAUCACUCAAGAUAAUACAUUGAAAAAAUUAAUAGAGAAAUCAAUACAGCAGAUCAACAACAAGAAAACCUCUUUAGAUAAAAAAACGACACCAUCUAACGGUUAUCUCCGUCUCUUCCCGAUGCUUAAUAACGAUGACUUAUCAAAAUUCAUACAAAUGAGCGAAGUUUUCAACAGCCAUGAAAAGAAACACGCUCAAAAGAAAAAUAUAGCCAAAGAAGGAAAUAGAAAAGUAAAAGCUAGAGCAUUGGAGAAGAAUAGCCGUGAAAAGAGUAGGAAAAUCUUUAAAAUUAAGUCGAAACGUACUUCAGCGUACAACAGAAAAAAACUACGCAAGUUCUACCCCCAUAAGGUCAAAUACACGAACAAAAAUAGCCGAAAAGUUGACGUUGGAGAUAGCAACGCGGAAAAGUUUUCCAUGUCAGUAGAAGCUCCAGACAUGCCAUUGGUAAAGCAGCAUCAACAUUUCUCAUAUAAAGCUGAGCCAGAGCACCCUCCCGUUUGGAGAAUAGACUACACGAAACAUGGGGAACCCAGCAUUCAUGUAUUUGAUUAUGGCAGAGACGGAUUUAAUGGAAAAAUUACAAAAACUGGACCAAAUAUACUUAUGGAUGGGAGGCCGGUUGCAGGAAUAUUUGUGGAGCUUUAUAAGAAGCGAGACGAAUCUUGGACGCAGUGGCAUAAUACAGUGACAUCUAGCGAUGGGAGAAUACAGUUUCCUUUCUUACAAGACUCAAUGGCAGCUGGAACAUACAAGCUGAAAUUUAAUGUGGAAGAAUAUUAUACGAGAAACCAUAAAGAAACCUUGUACCCGUUCGUAGAGAUAGUAUUCAACACUAAGGAAGGAGACCACUACCACAUCCCACUUCUGCUCAGUCCAUACGGCUACUCAACUUACAAAGGAAGUUAAAACAUUCAAUAAAAUAACACCGGCCUGCAUAAAACAUAAU